GUUCGGGAUAGGUUUAGGGGGUCGUAUUAUUGUUUAUUUUAUUUUAGUUUGGUUCAAGUAGGAAGUUUUUAUAUCUGCCGUCAAAUUUGUUUACUAAUAACCUGUUGAGUUUGAGCAUUCAUUGAACUAUUGCUUUGUAUGACAACUAAUACAGUGAUCAAAUACCAAUAAGUGGUUAUUGCCAAAAUGGCUGUUAAAUGACAAUUUUUGAUUUUGUGGAGCAGAGAGAUAUGGCUAUGGGAGAUCUAGAUGGAAGGAAUUGGAGCCCUUCCAAUACCACUUCAUCAAACCAAAAUAGUCAAGGAAAUUCUCGUGAUGGUAAACCUCCAUAUAGCUAUGCUAGCUUAAUUAGGUUAGCAAUUAGCAAUGCUCCUCAAGGGAAAAUGACUCUGUCAGAAAUUUACCAGUUUAUUAUCAAGACAUUCCCUUAUUACAGAGAUGCUAGUACAGGGUGGAAGAAUUCUAUUAGGCACAAUCUUUCAUUAAACAAAUGUUUUACUAAAGUUGCUCGACCCAAAGAUGAUCCUGGUAAAGGAAGUUAUUGGGCUAUUGAUUAUUCCCAUACCUCUGAUGAAAUCACUAUGAAAAAGAAAUCAAAAAAUGCAAGGGUUUUACCUUACAGCCCUGAAAGUAACAGUAGUACAGCGAGUAAUGAUGGAGUUACACAAGUUUCUGAAAAGAAGCCCACAGAGCAACCAAUUUCUUAUAAAUCAGAUUUGAAUGAUCAUUGUGAUGGUGAUGAACUUUCCUUGGCAGACUAUAAAGAAGUAUGUGAAGUAAUAUCUCAGUUGGUGACACGCUAUGCUGUCGAAAAUUGGGAUAUUGAUCAAAACCUUAUUAAUAGUUGCCAACAGAGUCCAGAGAACCAUCAUUACCAGCCAACGGCAGAAUGUUUUCCCCCUCAAGAAUCCUCACACAGCUGUGAACCCCAUCUUAACUUGGAUUGGGAUACGUAUUUAUAGCUACGAAUAUAUAAAUACAAAAUGUUCAUGAGGUAUUUCUGGAAAAACAUUUCUUUUAUUAACAACAUUUUAGUCUUAAUGAGGAAUUGUUAUGAAUGUUUUAAUUGUAUCUGCUAGGAAUUCAACGAAUAGAGUUUUUAAGAAAUGUCUCCAUGUCAUUCAAUCAGUCCUAAUUUCAGUUAUAUAUUAGGUAUUGAGUAUUUUUUUAAUAAAUGUUUAAAGAAGG